AAGCAUCCUCCCUUCAAACACUGAGAAGAACACUUCUACAGAGCAUCUGUCAAACAACUUUAUCCAGCAAAGCAGGGGGAGAGAACAGGCCCAUCCUGCUGGCAGCAAAGAUGGCUGGCCUGUGCUGGAUGGCAGUGGUGCUGACCUUCUUCAUGUCUGCUGGAGAUACUUUGGCUGAUGUGGACGAGAGCUGGCUCACGAGUGUCAUAGAAGGCAUCAAGAAAGAGUAUCCACUCGGUGACACCUUCAGUGUGGCUGUGAACAUCCCUGAGAACCAAGACAUAGAUACUCUACAGCAAGUCUUUCAGGAUGACCCACCAGACAAGGUGAAGCAAACAGUUUCAGGGGGGCAAGUGUACCAUGGCACACGGGUGGUGGCGGCAGCACGAUCAGAGGCAGUGUCACAAGUUCUAAAAAACAUACAACCCUUCAUUAAAAGCAGCGAGGGUAAUUUCCUUAUCAUCUACUCUGAAGUAUCCCCAUGUGGGCCGACUUGUACUACAAAUGCAAAUCAGGACAGUUCUCGUGAUGAGAUUAACAACGUCAUUAAGAACUGGAGAGGUUAUGCGUUUGCGUUUUCUAAACUAGGCGAUGUUCCUGCUGGAGACACGCCUCAGAUUGCUAAAUCCUUCAAAAAUCUGGGGAUUUCUAAACUUGGGCUUGACAAAAUAUUCCGUUGUUAUAACCCUGGAGAUGAAGCGUUUCAGUGCACCAGCUGCUUCUCGGAUGGAGAUGUUACACCUUCAUGUGUUGCAAACAAUUCCCCGUCAAAUGAAGAAGAGGGCGCAGGCGAGGCAACGGGUACAGACACAGACACAGGUGCAGGUACAGAAAUAGCACCAGGUGAAGGAAUCGGUGCAGGCAUAGGCCCAGCAAUAGCAACAGGCAUAGGUGGACGAACAGGAGGUGGCAGAAGAAAGGGGGAAAGCGGACGAGUGAGCAGGUGCAAAGGAAAAGGCGGGAAUAAAAAAGGGUGCAAGGGUAGAAAAGGCGUCCCGCGUGAAACAAAUGGCAAGGGUAGGAGACAAUGCAAGCGUAAGGGACCCUGCAAGCCUAAAGGAGUUGACCGACGCAGGAAAGGGAGCAAGGUUAGAAAGGGGCCCAUGCAAAAAGGAACAGGCAAAGUUGGAGGAAGGCGUAAGUCCAAAGGAGUGCGCAGAGGCAAAGGAAGAGGAGGGGGCAAGGUUAGAGGACAGAGUAAGACUCGAGGAGGGCGCAGAGGCAAAGGUAGAGGAGGGGGCAAGGUUAGGAGACAGAGUAAGACUCGAGGAGGGCGCAGAGGCAAAGGUAGAGGAGGGGGCAAGGUUAGGAGACAGAGUAAGACUCGAGGAGGGCGCAGAGGCAAAGGUAGAGGAGGGGGCAAGGUUAGGAGACAGAGUAAGACUCGAGGAGGGCGCAGAGGCAAAGGAAGAGGAGGGGGAAAGGUUAGAGGACGCGGCAGCCGUAGAGCAGGUGGUAGAAGAAGCAGCAAGCGUAGAAGCAGCAGCAAGCGUAGAGGCAAGCGUAGGCGGGGACUGCUAUGGUAAAAAAAUUACUGUUAGCGACAGAGAAUGUGGAGUCUAUUUUUAUAUAACAUUACAAGACUGAUUCUUAUUAUUACAUUAUAAGCUUAUUGUGCUCAUUUUAUGUUGCUAUGACUUUGGAAUAAAGAGGACGGGGGCUCUUUACGGAAAUGGUGGUUACAGAUUACAGCUUUGCUGCCUGUGAUUUCUAUGACGUGACGAGUCCUUGGCCAAGUGAAUAUCUUUUGCUCUCUUGUAAUAAAUAGUUAAACUUAGAAGUCGUUUGUCUUUCCUGGAAUUUUGAACACGACAAGAAUCUAAGCAGCAAUUUUAUAAAUCUUAUUGACCAGAGCAGUGCCUUAUGCAUAAAAACAUGUGCUUUUUUUUUCUUUACUUACCAACAGAUUUAAUUAAACCGUUCUCGACUAUUUGACGGUUUUAAUGCCAGCGUCAAUAAAACACCUGAGUUUUGGCACUGAUACCGAAAGGAUACUUUUUUUGGGCUUUGAUUGUUGUUGUGAUCACAUCCCAUAACAUUGCAAGUUUAUUUCAAAUCAAGUUUGUUUUGUCAAGUCCAAAUAAAAAAUGGCAGAAUUUGUUUUUAUUUUGCUAGUUCUUAAUUCAUUUCUGGUGAUGACCAAGCAUCAAGCACCUCAAAACUAGGAAUGGCUUUGGGUUCCACCCCUCCCAAGCAAAAACAAUUGCUAAAUUGCAAAUAAAUACUUGUAUGUUUGCAAAGGCUACAACAAAGGUAAACAGUGGAUUUUUAUUUUGUUUCUGUUUUACCGGGGUGUUCUGGACGUACCUUAUUAAACUAAGGCACCAAAGAAGGGUUCAUGUAAAUUAUACUUGGUAUGUAUAGUAGUUUUCUAAUUGUUCUCUGUAUUUCUGUAAAGCAUCACUGUACCAAAUCUUCUGAUGUUUUUGUUCUUUCUUAUUAAAGCUUAGCUAAGCAUCAACUCUG